AGCAAAGCCGCAGCCCUCCGGAGUUGAAAUUACAUGAACUAAGGGCUGAAAAAUAUAAUGGCAUGGUUCGGUUGUUGAAACCGGGUUGUAGGACUAUAAUUUUAAUUACCGAUAUAAAAACGCGACCUAAGCUAAUUCCUUCUUUUCACAAAGCUGUUUGGCCUUACCGGAAAUCCAAAACACUAUUAUUCGGUCAUAUGCUUAUUGAAAAGGGGCUGUUAUGGUAUUCUGAACUACUAAGGUUGUCUUUGUGCGAAUCAAAGACAUUUAAGAUUAAUCCCCGGAACUGUGUUGGUACCGUAAUUGCUUUAAAUGGUCACAGAAAAUAUUUUUGUAUGUACCACGCUAAACACCCAGAGACGAACAAUGAUAGAAAGAGGUUAAUGAAAAUGAAAAAACAUCUUGAGCGAGAUACUACCGAUCCGGAAAUAGGGGCAUUCGUUGAAGUUAAUUCAGAUGAGUCGGACUGCGAGCAAAAAAUCUUAUUAGAGGAAAAUCUUUUGGAUGGUUUAAGUAAUUGGUUGGACAGGUUAUUUGAAGGAUCUACUCAUAGAUACAGUGUCAAUUAUUGGCCAGAUUUUCCAACUAAAUAACUUCCUAAUGUUGUUUGAAAUUAAAAAUAAUUGUCCUUUCAUGCUGUAAAAUAAAUUGUACAAGUUUCCAUAGGA